CAGCCGUCGUCAUGGCCGCGUAGCUACGCUUUCAAGCGGUUGUUUGGGUCGCCCGGGGCGCGCGUCACUGCUGCGAGUGGUCGGGGAGGAGAGGCGGCGCUCAGCUUACCUUCGGAUGGAAUCAUGUCACCGGCGAGAGCAUCUCUGUGAUACACGGCGGCGAUAAAGCGUCUCCAAGGAAGACAGAAAUGGGUGGACAGAUAACGCGGAAUGCAUUAUACGACUCCCUUGGUGGCCCUUUUCCGUCCACAUCCCACCGCUGUCACCAUAAACCCAAAAGAUGCCUGCCUAUCCAGUGUGGCAGUGUCGGUGGUCCCCUUCCUGUCAGCCCGCUUCUCUUCCAUCCCAAUGCGAAGGGUUCCCAAAUUGUCAUGGACCUUGCCCAGAAGACAGUCAAGAGGCAGGGUAGUUUCUGCAAUGCCAUCACCUUCAGCAACAGGCCUAUAGCCCUGUAUGAGCAAGUCCGCCUCAAGAUUACUAAAAAACAGUGUUGCUGGAGUGGGGCUCUGCGUCUGGGGUUUACCUCUAAAGAUCCCUGCAGGAUAAACCCAGACAACCUGCCAAAGUACGCCUGCCCAGAUCUGGUGUCCCAAAGUGGCUUCUGGGCUAAGGCUCUCCCUGAAGAGUUUGCUAACAAGGGCAACGUCAUCACCUUUUGGGUUGACAAGAAGGGCCGUGUUUUCUAUCGCAUAAACGAGUCCAGCCCCAUGCUGUUCUUCAGCGGAGUCCGAACAGCUGAUCCCCUCUGGGCUCUUAUUGAUGUUUACGGUCUGACCCGGGAAGUGCAGCUGUUAGACAGUGAGAUUGUUCCUCCCGACUGCCUACGCCCACGCUCUUUUACAACAGCGCGCUCCUCCUCCCUGCGGCGCGAGACAGACGACUCCCGUCUCUCCGUCAGCCUAUGCGAUCUCAAUCUCCAGCUGGACGACGGCGGGCCCUCCCACGGCCUCUCUCACCGCCACACGCUUCACCUGGCGUCCGCCUCCUCCACCUGUCCCAUCCCCCAGAACUCCCUCAACUCGCAGCAGUCCUCUCUUUUGCCGUCCGCCCUGGAGAGCGAUCUGCAUUUCCACCAGCUGCGCGGCGCCCACAUUAAGACGUUAGACAAGCAGACCGUGGCCAGGUCGGAGCAUUCGCGCGAGGAGCGCACUCUGGUCUUUACCAACCGGCCCCUGCAAACCGGAGAGUGCGUGUUUAUCAAAGUCACCAAGUCCAGUCCGGCCCGUUCGGGCUCCUUGUCCUACGGCGUGACGUCCUGCGACCCGGCAGUGCUGCGCCCCAGUGACCUGCCGUAUAAUCCAGAGGCCCUGGUGGACAGGAAGGAGUUUUGGGCCGUGUGUCGAGUGCCCACGCCUCUCCAAAGCAGCGACAUCCUGGGCUUCCUGGUCAACCAAGAAGGGGAGGUCAUCCUCAGCCACAACGGCACCAGUGUCGGCAUGCAAGUGUGUGUGGACAACUCGCGCCCUCUCUGGAUGUUCUUCGGUCUACAUGGCGCCGUGACUCAGCUGAGAAUUCUGGGCUCCACUCAUGUUGGAGAUCCACGGGCUGUGUCCAACCCCAGUUCGCCCUCCUCCUCGCCACAGACUCCAAGCGCCCUGGGCAGCUGCAGCUCGGAUCCCGUCCUCAAUGGAGGCCUGUGCUCUGCAGCCUACUACAGCUCGGCAGGGGGAACCAUCCCAAACUCUCCGGUCAGCCUCCCCAAGUCGCCCACUUUCCCGUCAGGCCGUGGACCCUGGUCCGACGAGUGCUCCAUCUGUUACGAGAACGCGGUGGACACGGUCAUCUACGCCUGCGGACACAUGUGUCUCUGUUACACCUGCGGCCUGAAGCUGAAGAAAAUGUCCAACGCCUGCUGUCCCAUCUGCCGACGGCAGAUCAAAGACAUCAUCAAGACCUAUCGGAGUACAUAAAAGUGGACGGAGACGACGUGUGGUCCGAAGAACUUCCGAUACGUUCAUUUGACUUGGUGAUACAGCUGUUCGUGGUACCGUACAGUGUCACUGAGAUUCGUCUCAUCGAGGGACGGCACCUGAAGACACAGAUUGUCUUAUUUUGUCGAGCGGGUGUUGUUGACUUUUUGACAAAAUGUCUCAGUAAUUCUUUCAGGACGUGGAGAAGCGCUCGAGUCACCCGCAGAGUGUGAAUCGUCUCACUUUCCGGAGAAGACGAGUGCGACUGACGUCGGAGUGGUAGAGCGAUGGAACCUUGUUAUCGUCGUGGCGUUUGUAGAGACAGUGCUGACCGUAAGUAGUCUUCUACUGUGAACUGCUACUGUAUGAAUCAUGCACAGCCUCGUGGUUAGAAGGUGGCCUCACAGUCAGGUGUAGGGUUGCCAACUCCCUGAAAUAUUAAUACGGGGGAUUAUCUUCACCUCUACCGUCAUGGUAAAGUCCUGGCUUUACAUGUAGGGCCGUUGUCCUGCCGGAAGGUGAAACUCCACCCCAGUCUCAAGUCUUUGGCAGGCUCCAACUGGUGUUCUUCCAAGAUUGCCCUGUGUUUGGCUCCAUCUAUCUUCUCAUCAACCAUGUGGUCUAGUGGUUAGAGUGUCCGCCCUGAGAUCGCCCAAACACAUGCCCAUUGUCCUCCUCAGCUGGACACAGGAACAGAUAAGGAAAAGGAGUAUCUGUCCUCCUUACAUUCCUAAAGUGAAGGUUAGCACACAGUACUUGCAGACAACCAAAAGACCACAAUAUGAAGAAGAACACUAGCUGUUUUGUAAUAUGACUAUGAAAAUAAAGAAGUAACACUUAAAUACGGAUAUAUGUAAAUAUCUGCCUCCGACAGUACUUAUUGGACACCAGCAGAAAGAUUUAUUGGCAUAUUUUAUAUAAAGUGUCCUGUCAUUCAUUCGUUCCACUGAUAUUUUACUAUUUCAAAGUGCGCCCCUUUUAGGCCCCGGUUUUUAAAGGACUGUUGGCAACCCUAAGUCAGAAGAUUGGAUCGUUUGCAUGGUUGGGUUUACCCAUAAAAGGCUCCUGGAGACCAAACGAUCCAUAGCUGAGAUUGACUGCUCACCAGUCCAGCCUCGUACCCAAAGUCUUCUGGGAUAGGCUGGAAACCACAAGUGAAUAUAGAGUUUGUGUCAUGCAUGACUGAAUAGUUUAGCUGAGGCGAAGAUCGGGACCAACUGUAGAGGAGCACAGGGAGUGUUGUCACCUGUGCUCUGUUUUGCCAUAGCAGCAUUAAGACGUACAAGGUAAACCUCUUUUUGUUUUGUUUUCAAACAUUGUAAGCUAUAUUUAGUGAGUCAGAUGAUUGUGGUAAAUAAACUUUCUAUAAGUGU